AUGGAGUUGGAAGAAAAGCGACCGAGGAUCACAUUGACGCAGCCGUUGCCUGUGGACCAAACAGCUAGCGUUCCCCUCGUCUCCGAUGGACGACGGCCACGCUGGACGUCGCGUUUGGCGUUUACAUGGCCACUCAUCUAUGGAGCACAUAUCAUCGUCUUAAUUACCCUUGGAAUCACUAUCAUUAUAUUAGCAACCGUGCGUGGAGGUGCGAAGAAGCAUAAAUCGGUGUUCUGGGAAGUCGCUCCAGAGUUCAUAUCCGCAGCUAUCGCCAUCAUCACGACCAUGAUAGUCCAGUUCAUCUUUAUUCCAAAAUUCUGGAAGAACCGAGCGCACGAAAUGAUCGCCCGCGGCAUGUUUGACCCCACGGUGACUCACCCGACAGUGUACGGUCGGCGCAUCAUCCUGGAGAUUGGAUGUAGCGAGGGCAUGGCGUCUGCAUGUUUUGCUAGGGAGAUUCUUGCGCACCAAGGGGACAUUGCGCAGGCACGUACCUCGGCAAGUCUUCCCAUCUUCAUCGGUCAUGACCGAUGGAGCAAAUGGACGCGUAUCCCGAAUAAUCCCACAUGCUACUUGGAGACAUUGACGCGAAUUGGAGUUCCACGCGAUCUCAUACGCACGAGCCGAGUGGACGAAACCAACUCUGAGACACGAGCAACCCUCCCGUUUGCCGACAAUUCAAUCUCGCUCGUCGUUUCCUAUCUUGGGUUGGAAGAAGUUAGCAAGUGGAACAAUCGCAGGGAACGUAGGAUGCUCUUUCGGGAGCUCGCGCGGGUCGUAGCGGUAGGGGGGGCUAUGAUUGUGCUCGAGAACAGCGGGUCAGGGACAUACGAGGGGGCUAAAGAGGAGCUCAAGUCAAAAUCUUGGUUUGAGGGACCGAUGAUGUCGUACAGGCGACUCCUGAUUCACGAGCUUGGAUGGGAAGAGGAGUGGGUGCAAGUUCGCAAGCAAUGGGGGACCCAAUAUCUAGUUGCACGCAAAGGAAUGAAUGUAUGA